GUGUGGAAGCUGCGCGGCCUGCGUAGCCUGGUUGCCCGGGCGACACAGCAGUGGCUCGGUCUCUCGGGAGUUCUAGGGUGGCUGCAGACUGCAAGGGCUGCAGCUAGGAGCUGUGCACUGUGUCACCGUUCGCCCCGAGGCUGUGCCGCGUGCAACGCUGAACUUCAAGUCGACUAGUAUACUAAAUUAAGUUGCUUUAACUAAAAUGGAAAAGUAUGAAAAGCUAGCUAAGAUUGGAGAAGGGUCUUAUGGCGUCGUAUUCAAGUGCAGAAACAAAUCUUCUGGACAAGUAGUAGCGAUCAAAAAAUUUGUGGAAUCCGAAGAUGAUCCUGUCGUUAGGAAAAUAGCCCUGCGAGAAAUCCGGAUGCUGAAGCAGUUGAAACACCCAAACCUUGUGAACCUCAUCGAGGUGUUCAGAAGAAAGAGAAAGACGCAUUUAGUUUUUGAGUACUGUGAUCACACGCUGCUAAAUGAGCUGGAGAGAAACCCAAAUGGAGUUUCUGAUGGAGUAAUUAAAAGUGUGCUAUGGCAAACCCUUCAAGCCCUUAACUUCUGCCACAAGCAUAAUUGUAUUCAUCGGGAUGUAAAACCUGAAAACAUCCUAAUAACCAAGCAAGGAAUGAUAAAGAUUUGUGACUUUGGAUUUGCACGAAUUCUAAUUCCAGGAGAUGCCUACACAGACUAUGUUGCCACCAGGUGGUACCGAGCUCCUGAACUUCUCGUGGGAGACACGAAGUACGGUUCCUCUGUGGACAUGUGGGCCGUCGGCUGCGUUUUUGCAGAGCUCCUGACGGGUCAGCCACUCUGGCCAGGAAAAUCAGAUGUGGACCAGCUUUAUCUGAUAAUCAGGACAUUGGGAAAGCUGAUCCCAAGGCAUCAGUCUAUCUUUAAAAGUAACCAGUUUUUCCGUGGCAUCAGCAUACCUGAACCAGAGGACAUGGAGACACUUGAAGAAAAAUUCUCAAAUGUUCAGCCUGUGGAUUUAAGUUUCAUGAAGGGGUGUCUGAAGAUGAAUCCUGACGAGAGGCUGACCUGUGCCCAGCUGCUAGACAGUGCCUACUUCGAUUCUUUUCGAGAGGAUCAAAUGAAAAGGAAAGCCCGCAGCGAGGGAAAAAGCCGAAGGCGCCAGCAGAGUCAACUGCCGCCUCUUAUACCUGGAAGCUACAUCUCCCCCACACCUGAUGGAAGAAAACAAGUCAUCCAGUUAAAAUUUGAUCAUCUUCCAAACAUUUAGGGAACCUGUCCUUCCCAGCGCAUUCUUUUAGUAUGUAUACAUAUGUAUAAGACAGGAAUCCUGACUGUCUCAAAUGUAGUGAGCUAUGUGAAUGUGAGGGCACCUCUGAUCACCACGGGCUCUUCCUCCCCUGUGCUUUUUCCAUGCCAACUUCAUCUCCUAGAACAUUCUCUUUAAAUGUUGCAAUGCCAAAAUGGCACAUUUGAAAGAGAAGCUUCCAGUUUCACUGGAGCUGGGCUUCCUUAGGCAGCUGAUACUGUGGAUCUGUGGUCUUAACGCUUCGACUUAGGGGAAGACUUCCACAGAGCUGUCUCACUUCAGCUGAGCAUGGUGUCCUGAAGCAGACCCACAUCUGCUGGCUGCUGUUUGUGGAGGGGAUGUCCCUGAGCCUCCUCACUGGAAUUCCUUCUCAGUGUAGGGGGCUUUUACUUUAGCCUACGUUUAUGUUGCUGCCGCAUGGUGAUUGUGAAAGAUGGUCUAGGUUUAUCUCUUGACUCCACAGCAGAAGCUGUUCUCCUCGUGAGGAGCUGUUUGGGGCUGCUACUAAAACAAACUAGGGAAAAUUCCAAACAUGGCCAGUAGUGGACAGAUAACCAGCAAUCACCCGCCGCACCCCAGCACUGCCCCUGAAUCCCUGGCUGCCUACUCUAAGGCUAUCCUGGUUCACCAGGUUUUCUCUUUCUUUUUUUCUUCUUUUUUUAUCUAUUUGAACAUAUGAAAAAGAAAAAGAGAGGUGAGAGAAGCCUCAUGUGUGACAGUCAGAGGACAAGCUGGAGGCCAGCCUGAGCUACAUAGCAAGGUCUUUUCUCAACACCCACUCUCUAAGGUUGUUUGAACCAAAGUCCAUGCUGCUGCUUGUAUAAAAUAUGAAUAAUUCCUACAUAUGUAGAAGCCAUUGUUGUCAUUGUUGAAAUAUCUAAAGAUCUUGGUAGAAGUAGAAGUGUACAAAAUGUUCUUCAUGUUGGUGGAUGUCUUAGUAUUUCAUUUCUGACCUCAUUACAGUUAGAUUAAAACAUCAAAGGAUGAGUAUGUAUUACUCUACAUCUUAGAAUUAUACCUGUUUUAGCUACAUUAAGCUUUAUGAAAGGCUGGGGCCAUACCAUAACUGAACCUGUGGAGUUCUUGCCUGUGUGCAGGAAUCAUUGGGUUUUGUCUCCAACAUGGAAUAAAACAGUUGUAGUCAUGCCUACCUGAAAAUAGAAAUUCAGUCACUGUCCUUGACUACAUAUAGAGUUCAAGACAGUGCUGGGCUAAAUUUCUCCAGGCCUGAUGGUCUGUGUUUGUAUCAAGGGGCAGGAGGGGAGAGUCCAAGGUCAAGGCCAGCAUAGUAAGUUGAAGCUCUUCAGCAAAACAAAAGCUAACUGAUAGGAGUUGUUGACGUAGUCCCUGCCUGGAGAAGGUGCUUAGAUUACUUUAGAAUGCAUUAAUGUAGAAGCUGGGCUAUUUCAGAUCACUUGAAAUUGUAGCUGUUGUUAAUUAGCACUUAAUAAUUAGCAUUAUGGUUGUCCAAAUUAUUAGAGUUUACUAUAAAGUGGUUUUGAUUGAAUUAUAUUAAACAUAUAAUAUUAUGGAUUUUAAAUUUUAACUUAAGGUGUUUAGGAAAGCUAUGUAAGGAUUAAACACUUUAGUGACUGUAUAUUUGUAUAUAUACCUUGAUUGUUCUUUAUUUUAAUAAAAGUCGGAAACAUU